UGCGCUUCCCCGACCGACCGGCCUGCCGCUGGUAGCAGGAAGGAGCCGUUGCUGCUGUUGCUAGCGCCGCCAUCAUGGUGCCCGGGGCUGGAGCCGGAGCCGCGGCCUGGGGGCUCUGAGCCCCCCUCAGAUACUCUUUUUCUCCCCCUUGCCAUCGUCACCACCGCGCCGCCGCCCUUCUCGCCGCAGCUUUGGGCCGCCGGUUAUUGCACUUAAGAAUGAACAUUGAAGAUAAGCUGGGAGGAUUGUUUCUCAAAUGUGGUAACAUAGAGCAAAUGCAGUCAUCCAGGGAUAUGGUUGGAAUGGGUGCCUCAUCUGACCAGUCAGUCAUUUCUGGGGAACGGCAGGAAGCAGUGCUUCAAGACCGGACAAUAGCACACCAAGAAAUUCUUUCUGCAGAUGAAGUGUUACAAGAAAGUGAGCUUCGGCAACAAGAAAUGAUCCCACAUGAUGAACUCAUGGUACAUGAAGAGACGGUGAAAAAUGAUGACGAGAUGGAGGCACAGGACAGGCUUCCCCAAGGGCUUCAGUAUGCAGUUAAUGUCCCCCAGAUAAGCGUAAAACAAGAAAUUACCUUUACUGAUGUAGCAGAACAGCAGAAAAGAGACAAAAAACUACUACGGGAGGGGCUAGAUUUGCAAAAAAAGAAGAAAAGGAAACAGCGGUCACCAGCAAAGAUCCUUACAAUAAAUGAGGAUGGAUCACUGGGUCUGAAAACUACCAAAUCUCACAUUUGUGAGCAUUGCAAUGCUGCCUUUAGAACCAACUACCAUUUGCAGAGGCAUGUCUUCAUUCAUACAGGUGAAAAACCAUUUCAGUGCAGUCAAUGCGACAUGCGUUUCAUACAGAAGUACCUGCUACAGAGACAUGAGAAGAUUCAUACUGGUGAAAAACCCUUUCGAUGUGAUGAAUGUGGCAUGAGAUUCAUACAGAAGUAUCACAUGGAAAGGCACAAGAGAACUCAUAGUGGAGAGAAGCCUUAUCAGUGUGAAUACUGCUUGCAGUUCUUCUCAAGGACUGACCGUGUAUUGAAACACAAACGUAUGUGCCAUGAAAACCGUGACAAGAAACCCAACAGAAGUGCCACCAAAGUUGGCCUUUUGACAUCUGACGAUGACCAAGGCUUCCCUAUGCCUUUGAAAGACAGCUCUUUGCCAAAGAAGAAAAGGCAAAAAAUGGAGAAAUCGAAGUCUUUGGGGCUUGACAAAGAAAGUGGGACAGAUAAAUCUGAGCAUAAGAAAGAUAAGAAUGAUUUCUUGCCUUUGUAUGCUGCCAGUGCUAAGAUAAAAGAUGAAUAUAUGGUAGCAGAAUAUGCAGUUGAGCUACCACACUCUUCUGUCAGUGGAGGACACUUGCAAGAAGCAAAUUCUGGUGAAAUACACCCACCUAAAUUGGUGCUCAAAAAAGUUAACAGUAAGAGAAGUCUAAAACAGCCACUAGAGCAAAGUCAGACCAUUUCAUCAUUAACCUCUUAUGAAGACAGCAAGGUUCCAAAAUAUGCCUUUGAUCUUGUGGAUAAACAAAGCCUGUUGGACUCUGAAGGCAAUGCUGAUAUUGACCAAGUUGAUACUUUACAGGAAGGCCCCAGUAAACCUGUACACAGCAGCACAAACUAUGAUGAUGCAAUGCAGUUUUUAAAGAAAAGGAGGUAUCUCCAAGCAGCUAAUAGUAACAGCAGAGAGUAUGCCUUGAAUGUUGGCACUAUAGCCUCUCAGCCUUCAGUCACACAGGCUGCUGUUGCAAGUGUGAUAGAUGAAGGUAGUACAGCAUCCAUAUUGGAUACAACAGGAUUGAAUGUGGAGAUUAAAAGUAACCAUGACAAAAAUGUCAUUCCAGAUGAGGUACUUCAAACUCUGUUAGACCACUAUUCCCAUAAAGCUAAUGGCCAGCAUGAAAUAGCUUUCAGUGUGGCUGAUGCUGAAGUGACCUCCAGUAUAUCAAUUAAUUCUUCUGAAGUGUCAGAGGUUGCACAAACUGAGAAUGUUGCAUCAAGCUCUCAAGCUUCUUCAUCUGAUAAAGCCAGUAUGUUACAGGAAUAUUCCAAGUUUCUUCAGCAAGCUUUGGACAGAACUAGCCAAAACGAUGCCUAUUUGAACAACUCAAGCCUUAAUUUUGUGAGUGACAACCAGACUCUUACAGGGCAACCAGCAUUCUCCUCUAUAGACAAACAGGUCUACGCUUCUAUACCUGUCAACAGUUUUCGGUCAGGAAUCAACUCUCCAUUAAGAACAACUCCAGACAAGUCUCAUUUUGGACUUAUGGUUGGUGAUUCUCAGCACUCUUUCCCCUUUUCAGGUGAUGAACCAAAUCAUUCUUCUUCUUCCUCUACCCAGGACUUCUUGGAUCAGGUGACUUCUCAGAAGAAAGCAGAGGCCCAGCCUGUUCAUCAAGCAUAUCAAAUAGGUUCCUUUGAACAGCCAUUCAGAGCUCAGUACCAUGGAACAAGAGCUGGAAUAUCAUCUCAGUUUAACACUGCUAAUGGACAAGUGAACCUGCGGGGACCAGGGACAAGUGCUGAAUUCCCAGAAUUCCCCUUGGUGAAUGUAAAUGAUGCUCGAGCUGGGAUGAACUCUUCACCAGAUGCCACAACAGGCCAGACAUUUGGCUAAAAUAACCUUAGAGAGAAGAUUGGCACUUUAGCACAGGUCUGUCAAAAAUGAGCGUGUUCUGAGGAAUCCUAUACAUAUUUAAGGCCUUGUGUUAUAACAAAAAAUUGAGCUGGUACAGCAAGUAUUGGUAAUUGUAUUUCUUUGGUUAGUCGCCAUUCUUUUAAAAUUGCCUUACAUGUGGACAUCCACUGAAAAGGCAGAUUUGUUAUUUGCUUGUUUGAGAUCCGGAACUUGCUACAUUGAGAUUUAACACAAGACAAAACAAACCAAAAAAACAACAAAAAAAGAUAAGAUUUCUUUCCUGAAAUAAUUUCGUAGUUUGGUAUCAUUGGAUAUUUUUGGGAGAAUGAUAAUUAUGAGAUUAUUCAUAUUGGAAUUUCCUAGUUAAUCUAGCCAUUGCACUUCAGCAGGAAAUAUGAAUAGACUAUAUAGACAAAAUAAACUUAAAAGUUUAAAUGUCAGGAGAAUUAUGGCUAGACAAAUACAGUGCAUUCUGGAAAACAAAUACCAUUCUGUCACCUCUUUUAAAAAUAGUUCACAUAAGAUUCCUUUUGUUGUUUUCUUUGCAUUUCCUUUUUCUACACCUUGAGAAAGGUAAUGAUGCUUGCUAGACGCACUCCCCUAUUUAAAUGUCAGAGUUAAUUUUUAAAAAUACUUAAAAGCAACAUACGUACUAUUAAUACUUCUUUCUUGAAGUAUUGGAAAUUUCUUUAUAUGUGAACAUAACUUUUGUGACUUUUCCCCAAACAGGCAGGUAUCAAGAUCAUUUUUAGCUAAAAUGCUUUGUAGUCUACAUUCCCAGAUUCAUAAUGCUUAUAAGAAUGGUGAAUUCCAUUAUUUGAAGUUUAAUUAUACAUCCUAGAGCUCUGCAAUAAUUAACAUUAGAGCACUUAACAUUAUUUUCAAUAUUUUUCUGCUUUUCUCAAAAAUAAAAUGAUUUUAGACUUUUAGGUUUGAUGUGGUUGCAUCAUUAUGACCUCUUAUAACAACAGAAGAUUUUUUUUUUAACUAAAAAUUGAAUGGAAUGUUUUUACCACAACUCUAUUUUCUCUUUGAAAAUUUUGGCAGUUCAGUUUGCUUGCUUUUUAUGGUAAAUUGCCCCAGAAAGCAGAAGAAGUUGACGUUUUCACUGUGUAUUGCCUUUAUGAACUAUUUUGUCGCAUUUUUACCAACUAGAACUGGUGAGUGAUGACAUUGACUGAAAGAUGAAUGGUCAAACUUUUAUUGCAUUUCACACAUAAAUAAACUGACACCUUUAUCCUUCUCCCAUGAAAAUGUUUUAAUAGUAGUUUGUCUUAAGUUAUGCAGUGUGAUGCAACAAUUAGUUCUAUAUACAGUUUUAAAAUGGUGUAGUUUGACUUAACAUAAAUGUUGGGAUAAUUUAACCAUUUUUUUAAAUUAAAACUUUAUUUUCUAUCAGUUGUACAUUCAUUAAUGGGAUUCUUUGAGGAAACCUUAAGGCUGUGUUUUAUCUAAAGGCUGAGUAACAGGUAGGUAGGUAAAUUGUUUUUCAAAACAUGAUAAGCAUCUAGAUAAGGAGGGAUUAUGCAUGCUAAGUUCUCAAACAGUUUAGCUAGCUUGAAUAGUAUCUGUCCCACCAAAGCAUUUAGUUGUGGCAGACAUCUUUGUAAUGUCCAGAGAAAUCAUUUUAACUAAUUAGAAUUCUGAUGCUGGUUCUUCUUUCCUCAUUCUUUCAGUGAAAUUUUAAGUCCAUCUUAUAAAUACACAUUUAUAGCUACUUAAGUAACCAAGAGAUAUUCCUUGGCUAGCUUCUGUAUAGCUUCAUAGCUCACAAAAUGCAUUCUCAUUUCUGCUAGUCAAACAGGCUCCCUCUGUAGCAAGUUAGAAUUAAAUUUUAUUGCUCAUUGCAAAUGGCCUGAAGAUUUGAUUUGUAACAAAGUUAACACAACUGCUGUGUCAAGAUGAAAUAGCUCUUUUAGUAAUUUACUCACACAUGAAAACUUAAAACACAACAAACCAUUGCUUUCAAACUUUUUUCCUGUUUCCUACCCCACACCAAAACAACCAGCACAUUUCACAUGCUGAUUUAAAUGGAGUGUCUUCAGUACAAUGUCCUAGUACUCUCCUGUGGUUUUUUUUAAAUUAACAUUGGUCCAGAGAAGUAGCUAGAUUGGUACCAGAUCUCUAACACAUUGCAAUGUUAGUUCCUUAUCAAAAAAGAUGAAAUAUGUACCCGGAUUCAGUAAAUAAAGGGAACACUGUUGAACAGGAAAAUGUGCUCAUGGAUAUGACAAGAGCAUGCCUGUAUAUCAAAGUCAGCACAUUGAGUGGGGUGUACAUGUUAUGGUGAGAAGACAUAGGACUACUCUUCUGAAAGUGUCAGCUAUGAGGAAGUUAAUAGGAAGCAGUGGAAGAGCUGGCUAGUAUCAAGAAGAGCUUGUAUAUGCAGCCAAGCAAUUCCCAGUAAGGCAUACAGCCCUGUGCAGAUUAAUCUUCUGAAAGGAACUCUUUUUGAUGCAUUGGAGGUUGCUCCAGAAGGAUCUUAAAUUUCUGGAGGGCUUAUCAGAAGAAUGAGGGUCUGUUGAUGGAAGGGGGAUUGAGAAAUCCUGUAGUGUAUGUAGUAUCUCCCAGGCCUGUGCAGAAGCUGUGCCUGUGGCUUUUGACCCUUGUACAAUCCUGAGAGAAACUGCUCCUAAAUGCUGCCUAACCAAAAGCAGAAUUAUGAAGCCACAUUUUUAUCCUUGUUGAUUAUCUUACAAAUUUAUUUAGUGCAUGGUAGGAGAUAACACUGACAAAAAUACUCUCUUAUUUUUGUAAAGUAAUGAUUAUUUAGGGUGUCUUGGGCUACAGCUUCAUUAAGCUCAAUGGUAUAUCUGCCAAUCAGCUGAUCUUUUGAUGUCAGGUUUAAUAUAUAAAUGUGCUGCUUAAAUUUUCCUCCUCAAUCUUUAACCGGUCAUAUUUUGCAUGUAUGUGGGAUCUAAGUGUUACUUUUAACACUAAUUUUCUGUCCUGUUUAAUGUAACUAAUAUGUUAAUGAAAGAAUUGGCUUUCAGGCUUACAGCUGAAGGAGCCACAUUAUCUUCUCUUGGUCUUAUUAAUUUAUGGUAAACACUUAUCAAAGACAAUUUAUCUGGAGAGAAAAACAGCAUCACACACUGCAGUGCACUACAGUUUUGAAGAAUAUUUUAGUUUAGAAGAUCUUUUCCAUUUGUUUAGAUUAUAUUUAUAGCCGCUCCUGAAAUUGGUAUAAAUCAAUUAUUAUAUACUCCCAGAUAUAACAAGUUGCCAGUAUUUUGCAGAAAGGAAACAGUUCAGAGGAAGCACAAUUAAAACCUGAGUUUGCAGAUUGCUAAUGGGAAUCCAUGAUAAAUACCCACAAAGAAUCAAUGAGAUAAUACCAUGUAAUUGAAGUCUCACAACACUAUGACUAAGUAUAUUGCAAAACAUUUAUUCAUAUACUAUGAAGUAUAAAUACUACAAACUAAGACGUGGCUUUUAUUUUAUUUAUUUUACUAAUCAAAUUUUUACUCUGCCUUUCUGCCCUCACAGGGGUGGCUAACAAAUUUAAAACAUACAAAUUAAAAUAUCACCUUAAAAGCCACUAAAACUGAUACAUAAAUGCAUAAUUAAAACAAUUUAAAAUAACUACAAAAGGUAAACACAACAGUUAAAAAUAUUGGGAAUGUGGAGGGAUCACUGAGGGAAUGUCAAGGGAAUGUCAACAAAAAAGUCUUCACCUCCAGACGGAAGACAGCAACAGAAGGGGACAGGUGACCCUCCUUGGGGAGAGAAUUCCAGAGUUUUGGUGCCCCUACUAAGAAGGCCCUGUCCCAGGUUGCACCCACCUAAUCUUGGAAGGAAGGGGCACUCAAAGCCACAGUCAUCAGUGAAAUGUCACAUACUUGCUUUUGCUAGCCUAUUUAUUUUGUGAUUUAUGGGUUUUCAAGUCACUAGUGUGAAACAAUGAGGUUUUAGUGAAGCUGUUGGAUUUCAUUUUCAUGGCUUGGGGCUGGGAAAAAUCUCCACAUGGAUACAUACAACAUAUUAGUCUAUUUAUGUAUGUAUUCUGUUGCGUAAAUAUUUGAAGAGAAUCCAGAGUAGAUCCAAGAUCACUUUGUUUAAAGAUUUCAGUAUUAACUCACUUUGUAUUUGUAAAAUCGCAGUUUACAAUUUUUUGGGGUAGAAAUUUAAGCUACACAAAUUGUGGGAGUAUUGCUAUUAUAAUAUAGCUCAAAACUUUAGAAAGCAGAAGUGUGCUUGUGAUCUGUAUAUUUCAGUUGGUAAAAACUCAUGUAAUUUCUUUUCCCAAUUGACAUGGUGAAUAAAUUAAAAAUUAUUUUUAUGUUUUCUUUAGAAAUUCUGCUCAACAGAAGCCUUGCAACUUUUGGAAAUGCUUUCAUUUUAAGUUAGUGCAUGUUUGUUAGGUAUGUAGCAAAUUCAAAUACUCUUUUUGCAAAGAACAUAUACUGAGAAAGUAUUAAAAUGAAUGGAAAACAUCAUGUUAAAAUUAACUUGCAUUAUUUUCAAACUACUUUAAAACUACUUUGUUUCAGGGAAAUUUUCUAGUUGCUGUUGCUAUACAUAUAUAAAUUCAUUGUUUCCUCUUUGGAAUAAUAAUUUUAAGAGAGUUCUUUUAGUAGUGAAAACAAACUGAAGCAAGCAAACCUUUCUCAGACUUGUUUCUUGCUUUCUUUAUCCCAGUGGAUGGAAAGGUAGAAAUUGUGUAAACGUUAUUUUAUUUUUUUAUGCAAUAUUGUUCUGUAAAUAUGAGUUAUCAAAUAAGGAUGUACCUAUGAUUGAAUCUCUGAUUCUGCACAGUUAGAGUUUAUAUAUAAAAUAUAAAUGUGUUUUGACAAUCAAGGACUUACUGUCAGUCUUCCUUUAUGAUGUUUUAUUAAUGUUAUGCAUUCCAUUUGUUAGACUUGAGUAACAAUGUGGGAAUUUGUAUUGUCUGUAAAGUAUGUAAUGUUUUUACAGCUUGUUUUAAAAAAAGGAAAAAAGAACCUUGUAAAUGUAUAUAAACAGAAAACAGUACUGCUUUAUAUCCGGAGGCAUAUGAUGUACUGUAUGUAAGCAAUAAUGCCUAACAGUGCUAACUUUACAGGUAGCAUAAAGAUAGUUCCAAAAAUUGUUUGGGGAAGAUGAUAGCUUUGUUUAAGUUAAUUAAUAUUCUUAAUUGUUUUUAAUCAAUAAAUUCAACCAUUUUUCUGUUGUAGUAUACAAUGUUGUUUACAUGGCACAAUCUGAGUGGCGGGGGAAGCAGUCUUUAAGAACUGUGACUGCACCUGCAGAUACACAUUCAUUAUGAAUCUAAUGGCGUGACUGCACUUCUGUGAGAUAAGGAAGACUGCAAGAGUUAUUCCAUAUCCUGGAAAGAAGUAUAGGGUGGUCUUCUUUUUCUCCUCCUCCUUCUCCUCCUUCUUCUGCACCAGUUGAUUAUUCUUGUAAUUUAAGUUAAAAUCCUUAAGUCCCAAUAUGGAUUCAGUAUAAAUUAGGUUCAUAUGCUACAAAAAGUCGUUCUGUUGAUAAUUCACAUUACAAUCGAACAUGGUCAUUGGUUAUUUUUUCAUAAUUAUUUUUCACCAUAGGAAUUGUCAUUGCUGAGAUGAGCUUUAUCCAGUUCAAGCAAAAGACAAAAUUAAACUUAAGUUGAGUUUGAACUGUGCUUUCAGGCUGUACAGAGCAACAGAGUUAUUUGAAAACUGUUGUAAUUGCUUUAGGGUUUGGGGGAAAGAUCAUUGGUUUAUAAAUGUAUAUGACCUAAAUUUUAUAGGAUGAAAUGUUUUUAAAUGCUAGUCAUUUAUAUGAUAUGUGCUUUGAAGGAUUUGCUAGUUCACUUCUGUCACUUUUAGUACACUGGUAUCUUUUUAUAUGUAAUGUAUGCUUUUUAUUAUUGUAGCAAACCAUUUCAGUAGAAGGAAUUUUGCAACAGUGUUGAGGGAAAUUUUAUUGUUGGAAAUUAAUUAUACUGGAUUCUGUCUCUGUAGUUUUGUCUCAUUUUAACAAUGUCUGGAAAGGAACUUGGUAUGCAAAUAAAUCCAAUUAGCCCCUUUUAAAAAAUACUGUGUGAUCAGCAAAUUAGUUCAGAAAUCAUAUGUUUGAGGAAAAGUACACAAUUUAAUAUAUAGUUAACUCCAGUGCUAGGGGUGGAAAAUAGGUGCUGUAUAGAAGAAUGCUACUGGAAUGCGUUUUCUAAUAUAGUACUGUUUUUCCUGAAGUCUAUAUGCUUUGUCUUUUUAGUUCAUAAAAUCCCCUAUAAUAUGGGCAAAGGAGAUUUAUUUCAGUGAUUAUGCAGUAUUAUUUUAACAUGCAAAGUCAGAUCUGUCCAUUUUACUGUGAGUGUUGAUUUUUUUAAAAAAUUGAAUUACCAAUUUCAUCAGUUUAAAAUGUGUAUAAGUAAUACAGAUGCUUUUGUAUAAACCUGGAAAGUAUGAAUUUGUGUAAUUAUUUUGUAUUUGAAAUAAAUUAGGUGAUGCAGGAUUCCUGAG